AUGUCGCUCCCAUCUGAGUCACUGCCCUCGCUGUCGGAAGAACUCUGUUCUUCAUCUGACUCAUCCGAGUCGGUAAUCCCCUCUGCAUCUGCGUCAGCCUCUGAAUUGGAGCCAUCGGAGGCCGGUUCCCCAUCUGAUUCUACAGGCUCACAGCCAUCAGUCCAGAUCGCAAGUCCCCUGGAAAUAGCCUCGCUCCAGUCGGAUCCGUUGGGUCUCUUUGUGGAAAUCCACUCCCAACACGUGAAACCAGACGAUCUUUGGAAAAACCUUCUUGACACUGCUGGACUGGAAAAGGUGCACGAACACACCGACCAACUAGCCAGUGUGUUUGACUUUGUGAACCUGGCCACGGCACGCCGCGCAAAAGUUGCCUUGCGCUGGAGCGAUUUUACCGCAGGGGAAACGAGAUCCUGGAAAUUGCUCCAAAAGGAGCUUGGAAUAAACGAAAAAGACCAUGUCGAUAGGACGGAGACACUGAUCCGGCGUGCCUACUUUGUCCGAUUCCCCGAGCGCGACGCUUCUAAAUUGGAUGGAGAUCAGAUGCUUGCUGAAAUUGACAUUUCCACCCUUGACCCACAUCUUAAGCUCCUGGGUCCAAUCCAAGCUCCUCUGUGA